UUGCAAAAUAUACAAUCAGGGUGGAAACUAGUGAAAAAUGAUCAGGAACUAUGGAAUAUUGUAAACUGGCUUAAGAAAUACAUUGACAUAUCACAUUCAAGGCGGCAUACCAAUAGUCAGAAAGUAUUGAAGAGAGGAAAUUGGCAAGGCCCAAACAACUUUUUUAAAGAUUAUAGAGAGAUUGAUAAGUCUACAACCAGUGAGGCUAAUACUAAUAAUAAGAACAUGAAUUUUUUUGUGCCAUUGUAA